CUGUCUGGGGUUUCCGUUGUUUCGUGGAGGUGGGCAACUUCCUCUUGCUUGUAACAUUUCCUUAAUUUUGGCUACAUUUUUAAGCUUUUGGCUAGCUUACCGGCAUAUAUAUCAUUCCAGCUAACUCAAGAUGAGGAAGACAGAACUAUUUAUUUAGCAGUUUACUUUCGGUUUGCAACUAAAGUGCUCAAUAGGAAAUAAAAAAAAUGACUGUGACUCAGCUCUUUCUGCAGAUGUGUCUCCUUUGGCUAGCAGCCAACCACGUAGUUUUUUUUUUUUCCUACCUACUACUUUAACCGCAGGCACCAUCACACGCUGAAAGUAUCCCGCCCAUAAGCGUCACUGAUUCAAAUUGCAGCCGAGGCAGAGGGAGAGAAAGCAGCAAGCCGGGCUGAGCACACUCACACACUCCGAGCAGACAGGCUGGCAGAGCAGCACGGAGCGAGUCACUCGCUGGAGAUUCUUCACACUGUCUUUUUUUUUUUUUUUUUUUUUUGGGUGGGUGGGGAGGAAAUUUUACUUACAUGCGGACAACCGCGGAGCCCCCCAGGAUCUAACGAUGUGGACAGAGGUCGGAAAGCUCGUGCUAUUACAUCUGUUACUCCUGGAGCUCCAUUGCGCUAAAGGAACUCACACACAGUCAGAGUGUGAGACCGGGCAGUUUCAAUGCAAGAGUGGAGCGUGCAUCCCGAUCGUGUGGAGAUGUGAUGGAGAUGAUGACUGCCCCGACAGCAGCGACGAGGAAAAUUGUCCAAAGAAGACAUGCGCAGCCACAGAUUUCACCUGUAAGAAUGGACAGUGUCUUCCUGCUAGGUGGCGCUGUGAUGGAGAAGUAGAGUGCGCAGACGGUUCAGAUGAAGCCGAUUCAAUCUGCAGCCGACAGACCUGUCCUCCGGAGAAGUUUGAUUGCGGAGGGGCUGCCAGCAAAUGUGUUUCAUUGUCAUGGCGAUGCGACGGAGAGAGGGACUGUGAGAACGGGGCAGAUGAGGAGCAGUGCGCCGCGGAUGCCAAGGCCUGCCCCUCCAAAGACUUCCAGUGUCGUAACGGGAAAUGUGUGGCACCGAUCUUUGUGUGCGACGGAGACGACGACUGCGGGGACGCCAGCGAUGAGGAGAAAUGUUCGGCUCCCACCUGCGGGCACCAUGAGUUCCGCUGCAACGACUCGGAGUGCAUCCCCGCCCUGUGGAGCUGUGACGGCGACCCAGACUGCAAGGACAAGUCAGACGAGUCCAUGGAGCGCUGCAGCCGGAGGACGGAGCCCCAGAAACCCCGCUGCCUGGUGACCGAGUUCCAGUGCGGGAGCGGCGAGUGUGUCCAUUUGAACUGGAAGUGUGACGGCGAGGCAGACUGCAAGGAUAAAUCAGAUGAAGCAAACUGUCCACUGCUUACGUGCAGACCUGAUGAGUUCCAGUGUGGCGAUGGUACCUGUAUUCAUGGCACCAAGCAGUGUAACAAAGUUCACGACUGUCCGGACUACAGUGAUGAAGCAGGUUGUGUCAACGUUACAAAAUGUGACGGGCCCAAAAAGUUCCGCUGUAAGAAUGGGGAGUGUAUCGACAGCAGCAAGGUGUGCGAUAACGUGAAAGACUGCAAGGACUGGUCAGAUGAACCUGUGAAGGAGUGUGGCCUGAAUGAGUGCACAGACAACAACGGUGGCUGCUCCCACAUCUGCAAGGACCAGAGAAUUGGUUAUGAGUGUGACUGCCCCUCUGGCUACAAACUCCUGGAUAAAAAGACCUGUGGAGACAUAGACGAAUGUGAGAACCCAGAUGCCUGCAGUCAGAUCUGCAUCAACUACAAAGGAGACUACAAGUGCGAGUGCUAUGAAGGUUAUGAGAUGGACCCUGCCUCUAAGACCUGCAAAGCCGUAGGAAAGAGUCCGUACCUGCUGUUCACUAACCGUCAUGAAAUCCGUCGUAUUCACCUGCUGAAGAGUGAGUACACACAAGUGGUUCCUACACUGAAGAAUGCCGUGGCCCUGGACGUGGACGUGUCCACCAACAAGAUGUUCUGGUGUGAUCUGUACCAUCAGAAAAUAUAUAGCGCUUACAUCAACAAGGCCAGUGACUCAUCACAGCAGGUGACACUCAUCGAUUCGCUCCACUCCCCUGAGGGCCUUGCUGUCGACUGGGUCCACAAGAACAUCUACUGGACGGACUCAGGCAAUAAGAGCAUAUCUGUCGCUACGGGAGAUGGCAGGAAAAGGAAAAUGCUCAUAACCACUGAGCUGAACGAGCCACGAGCCAUCGCUGUGGAUCCGCACCAAGGGUUUAUGUACUGGUCAGACUGGGGUGGUCAGGCCAAAAUUGAGAAGGCUGGGAUGAAUGGAGUGGAUAGACAAAUUCUGGUGUCUGAACACAUUGAAUGGCCCAAUGGAAUAACUCUAGACUUGUCCAACAGACGACUUUAUUGGGUGGACUCCAAGCUGCACCUGCUGUCCAGCGUGGAUUUCAAUGGUGACAACCGCAAAGUGCUGCUGUCCUCGCAUCACCACCUGGGCCACCCCUUUGCCCUCACUGUCUUUGAGGAUCGCGUGUAUUGGACAGACUUGGAAGAUGAAGCGAUAUACAGCGCCAACCGACUGACGGGACACGAUGUGUCCAAGGUCGCAGAGGACCUUAACAACCCCCUGGACCUGGUGGUGUUUCAUGAACAGAGGCAGCCCAAGGGUCCUGAUACCUGUAAUAUGGGCACACUGCCUAAUGGUGGCUGCGAGUACCUCUGCCUGAAGGCGCCUCAGAUCACAGACCACUCCCCCAAGUACACCUGCGCCUGUCCUGACGGCAUGGAGCUAGGACCAGACAUGAGACGCUGCGCCAUCAUUCGAUCCCGUCCAACCACGACAGCUGCCCCCACCACAACCACAACUUCCACGACGACCACCACAACAAGCACAACAACAACAACUCCCACAACCGUUGCCACGACCACGACGCCCACUACCACCACCACCAGCACCACCUCUGCUACUACCACAUUACCACCCACAGCCAAGACUACAACACCAGCCCCUCCUCAGACCACCAGGAGCGGCAGAAUCACAGAGCACCCUCGGACUCCUGCCGCUACCAGUACAGAGACGACCAGUUUGAGCAGCACUAGUCAGAAGUCCACGUCCACGCACACACCCUUAUUGGCCGCCGUGGCUCCCAACAGCAUUCAGAAAGAGAGCAAUGCCAACCUCUCCCACAGAGCUGCGAGUGAUCACUACCUCAUAGGUAACAACAUCACAGUAGCUGUUCUGGGGAUAGUCAUUCCUAUCGUCCCUAUCCUUGCCACAGUGGUCAUCGGAUUGCUCUGCACCGGCGGAUACCUGGUCUGGCGCAACUGGCGGCGCAAGAACACCAAGAGCAUGAACUUUGACAACCCGGUGUACCGCAAAACCACAGAGGACGACGACGACGAAAUCCACAUCGGGCGUCACAGCGAGUCCAUCGGUCACGUCUACCCAGCAGUGAGUGGCAGCCACAGUCAGCCAUUCAUAGCACUUCCUCUAGGGGGCGGCGUCACAGACAACAACUCUCACUGGUAUUCGGGGGCGCCGAUGCUCUCGAGCGCUAAGUGAGAGGUACUGCAGAGGAAAGGAAGGAGUGUGAAAUAUUUGGGAAAUGGGAGUUGGCGCGAGGGUUUGGAAAAGCUCGUUUUCUUGUACAUGUCAGCCUGGUUGUAAGAAAGAACAGGCUCGCACACGUUCAUAUAUCAUUUUAUUUCUUUAUGUUUUUGAAGUAAUUACCGAACACACCAGUCACGCGUACACGUAAACCCUCGACACCACGCCAUGUCCACAUUUCGUUCACCUUCAGCAACCAUAUUCAUGCGAUACAUCCCUGCUGCCGACCCGCCAUCCCAUUUAUUUGUGCAUCGUGUUAGUGUUUUUGGUUGUUGAAGUGAGUGAUCCCCAUUUCCUGACAAAACCCCUGUGCACAGGCAAAGCAUUAUUCCUUUGCUUCAGAAAGGUUCGAACAAAUGUUGUCCAAACAGCCAAGAAAUCAUGAUUAGUGCAGAUGAGAUGCAAAAAAAAAGAGGUGAAAGAGGAGUCGCUCUAUAGCCACUUAAAAAUGGACAACAGAGAGCACAAGGCUAGACCGCUCACAAAUAAAUUGGACAUGUAGAGUAGAUAGUUGCGUCAUAGCAUUGAACUAAUGCGAUUUUGUUUAGAGGUCACACAAAAUUUGAAAAAGGGAGCACAAAUCAGGAUGAAGGACACUCUCGAAAUACAAUUUAUCUUGCAGAAACCAUAAAUCUCAGCAAUGUGAUUUCAGGAUUACCCUGAUGACUUCCCACUGAUGUAUAUGCAGUUUUAAAAAUCACUGCAAGCGGCAUUUUCUACAAACCCUGGACACGGCGGCUGCUGCAACAUGUAGCAGUAAAGUAAAAUGCCCUUAAAUCCAGGCUGUGCAUCAUUAGGAGUUUAUGACAUUUACCGAAUAUGCUUCUUGUUUUGGGUGUCAGAGAGCAAGCGACGAAGGGCAGCCAAAAAGGAUAAAGGAGGGAGGGCGAGAUGGGAGUCUAGCGCUUUGAUCGGUUGGCAUGGUAACACAGAUUUCUUUGUGUCACCCCGGAGAGAAAGAAGGCAAAGAAUUCUGGGUAUCACUGGCACGAUGACAGGCGGAAAGCACGCUCAGACAGAGACUGAAACAGGUGCACGACUGAGUCAUAUUAAGAUUCAAGGUCGAAGUAACAACCUACCCUCACCGAACGAGAGAGGGGACUUUACUCCUUCUCUCUCAUUUUCCCAGUUUUAUUACAAACAUUUGUACAAAUCUUAUGUAUUGCCUUUUAUCUCUUUAGUGGUUUUCUUCCUCGUCUUUUCUCUUCCUAACUUUUUCUUGCCCUUUGUCUCAGUGUGGCAGCUCGGGCAGCCAGAGGAAUCAGGCUUGCAUUAUGUGGGCCAGACUUUCGCAGCCGUAGGCAAGCAGCCUGCAUUCCUCGCUACGAACAGCCAGGGAAGGAGGGGACAAACAAGACGUUGGGGGGGCUGAAUUGGAAAGAAACGAAGACAAAGGUCGGGGACAGGAGGCAGAAUAGUGAGAGGGCAUCACAUAACAAAGCUGCCAUUUUUCUUCUGGGUUCCACCUAGACUGGAAUCUUGUCUCCCUUUUUCCACUGAGCCUCUCUGUUUUCAUUCCCCACUGUUCUAUCUCACUUCUCUCUCCUUAACCAGCCUGCUGUGGUAACGGUCUUUUUAUCUGCUGUUUGCAGCGCGUGGCACUCAGUCUGGAGGAUGAUGGCUAUCCCUGAGGGAGGAGGGGAUGCAGCCUGCACCCCUCCGCUCCCAUCCUGGCCCCCUCCUCUCACCACAGCCUCUAGACCACUACAAUGAGGCCAGUACAACGCAGAGGAGAAAAGAAAAGGAGACCUCAUUUUGCCUCCCCGUUUUUAAGGAGCAGGGAUGACAUGUACACCUGUUAAAUCCCCCCUCCAUCUCCUACCGUCUCCACUGGAGUAACACUACUACCAUUAUUAGCUACUACUACUACUAUUAGUUUAGUAGCCUCUACUCCACUCCUCUCUUCUCUCUGCCUCUUGUUAGCACCAGUGCUGCUCAAAAUGCUGCUUGAUGAUGAUAUUGUCCAUACUAACCUCAUUCAGCUGUCUCAGUGCACUUUGUAAAUAGAAGGAUUUCUGGCCGUCAUGCAAGCGGGAGAAGGCAGCAUGCAUAAUUUUAAAUUCCUCGUGCUUUCACUCUAUUUAUUUCUGUUGCGUUUGCUGUUGUAAAUAUGUGACCAGCACCUCUCAGUGCACUGCACGAAAGACGAGUUUGGAAGGAUGGUGCGGUACAGUGGCAAGCAAGGACGUUGUAUUUCUUCAUUGUCAUGUAAGGAGACCUUUUUUUAAGGGGUUUGUUGCAGGGGGGUGUCAUCCUUUUUCACACCUAGUCACUCAGAUUUGCCCCUUUCACUUACUGUAAAGCUAAAUACAGCCAAGGAGAGGAAAACUGAUGGGGUCGUCUCUACAUUUAGAGGUGAUUUUGGGGGUAAAGGAGACUUUUUUUCUCUUUUUCUUUUUUUCCUUUAGGGGGAGUUGGAGUAUUUGUGACACCAGAGGGUAGUGCCUCAAGGCUGAAAGCAGCAGGGUAGAAAAGGCAAAGGAUUAUGGGUAAUCCCCUCUCCUCUGCCGUCAGAGGUGUGCAUACAGUCAAUAAUGAACUUGGGAUUGUUUUCCUGUUUGCACUGAGUAGCAGGAAUCCCACAUGUGUUUCUGAGUCUUCAUUUGCAUCUGCCAGCGUCAAUAUUCUAGCAGCAAGAACAUAUUCUUUUGAAUUGCUGCAGGGAAUUUAAUUGGAUGUUAAAUAGUUGUUUAGUGAUCGGAUUUAAAAACAUGCAAGUGCAUGCUGCACUUGCUGUAUAGGAAUCCUGGAGGAAAUGAAGAGUGAGAUGACAAGCUCAUCACGGCAAGAAAACACAGAGGUCUUUGACUUUGAGUGACCCCAUAAACAUCAGUCCCAGCUGGGUUUUUUUGUUUGUUUGUUUUUUGGGGUGGGGUGGGGGAGGCACCUUUACUCCCCCUUUUUAACAGUGCAGCUGUGUGUUUUCUGGAUGUGAUGCUGUAUUUCUUAUGUCUGUCACUGUCACCGUCUCUGUGCGGUGCGCAGAUGAGUAACACACCGAGGCCGACUGAGCUGAGCGCCGAUUUGAAAAAUGGGACCUGAUCUUCCUUGGCUUGCUUCAAACCAGCUUCCAGCCUAUUGAAUCAGUUGCGAUUCAUGCCAAUGAAUAUUGCAAUAAUUGCUCGUCUCGUGCUGGAAUAGCGAAUCACUGGAGGCCGCGAUGACAGAAUAGCAGAGCUGUUACAAGUAGUCGAGGCAAAAUGCCAGCGUUCUUAUUCAGGACAUUAUUUGGUGUCCUAAUUGAAAAUUUGACACUUUUAAGCACAGUUAAAACACAUUAUAUACUCUGUAAGGCAGUUUUGGAUGGUCUAAACUAUAAAUACAUAAAACACUGGUCUUCCAUUCUUGCCUAAUGAAUCUGAUCAAUGCUGCAUUUAAGAUCCUACAUAUUGGACUAGUAAAUCCAAUAUGACUAAAUAACACACACACACACAAAAGUUCCCAAUGCAAAUGUUAAAGUCUUCCAUCCUAGACUCAUUACGGUCUCAGAUUAUGUAUUCAUGCAACAGUUGAUUAAUGACGGUUAUUAUUCAUGGAUUUCACUAUUUCUUGGAAGGCUCGGCUUCAGCGUAGAAGCUCAGAUAACCACGAGGGAGGAACAGAAAGGCAAGGAAAACAAAGAUAAAAGGUGGUGUAGGGCUUGACUGCCAGAAUUUAUACGCCGCCAUAUGUGAGCAGGUUUGUACUUGGAAGAUGAACGGUGGGUCGUUUGUUUUCCCCGAUUUCUGCCAGUGUUGGCGUCGCCGUAUUCUGACAGUCACUCCUCUCGCCUCCCUCAAAAGGAUGGCACUCUCUCCUCUCAGUUUAUGAAGCACAGUGGGUGAUUUGUAUGAACUGUGUGUGACAAGUAGCAAGCUAGACAGGUAAAUUGUAGUCCUCUCCAGCAGCGCGCUCCCCCUACAUCUAUCUAACAGAGGAGGAUCGAGCGCAAGGGGGAGGCCAUCUCCCUUCAUCUUCACCUUGUACAGAUGAAGCAAAAUGUAAUGCACUGCACAGUGGGGAAGAUUGGGACUCCGCUCAGCACGACGUUAGACUGGUUUGUUAGUUUCCUCCAAUGACUGCCUUUUAGGCCUUUAAGGAUUGACAUAUAUUAAACAUGAUUAAACACUGAAAACAAUGAUGUAUAUUAGCCACUGGAGUUUUUAUGCGUAUAGGAUCAGGAAAUAUCCAGUUCCCAAAGGAGAGAUUAGGUAGUGAUGGAAAAAUGUGGAUGUAAAGAUAUCUUUGUGAAUUUAAGAUUAAAUAAAUCACAGCUCCCUGAGCUGAGUCAGCUCUGCGUGCCAACACUUUCCUUCAUGUCCAUGUUUGCUUCAGGUCUAAUCGAGUUCCAUGCUGGGGGGUGGGGGGUGGGGGGGUGCAGGUAGGAGAAUAAAUUGGCUACAGUGUGAAGACAGAUUGGCUGGUCCACUGUGUGGUCACCUCAAGAGCAUUCGUCUGUUCUGAAGGACAUUGAAAGAAGCCCGGAACGGUAGUUUGUCUUUAACUAUUCGAGGUAGUAAUUGUAGUGGCAGUGGCGUCCUUACAGUGACCAUAGGCUCUCUAGACACCUGCUUCACUGUUGUUCCAUAUUUACAAGACUAUUAAGGGACUAACUACUGGUGUGAUGUCAGCUAUAUCGGCUUUUUUCCUGUAGGUUCGACAAGCUUAGAGUGCACUGGCUCACUUCUAAAAGUAUGUGUAUUUGUUUUGUUUUUUUAGUUCAGUGUUAAUCUAGUAAUCGCUGCUUUAGAGAACAAAGUGCAACAUUACAAACGAUACUGUGAGUUCUUUAACACUUAAUGGGGAAACAUACUGCACUAAAAUGAACUUUUUCCUCAUAGACUGUGUUUACUGAAUUGAAAAUGUUGAUGUACGUCUAAAAAUGUCUCGCUAGUAAACUUGAAAUCUUUGAGAAAAAUGAGUUAAUUAAAUGAGUUGGUCUUUGCAUUGUUGUGUUGUAUGGAUUUCUGAGUUACUGGAACUCACUACCUUUUGUUGAAGGAAGAAAACAGGGUACAUUUGUUCUGGUGAUUUACAUUUAAGUGAACGCCUCGCUAUUUACUUUUAACACAGAUUCAAUGCUGUCACCUAGAAAUGACAUUUAUAUCGUACUAAAUACUGAAAUAUUGUCUGAAAGGCUGAUUUUAUUGGUUGAUAUUAACUAUCUUGGUAUCAGCAUUUAUAACAGCCAAUAAAUGAAAAAAGUAAAGAGACAGGAGAAACACCCUUCAAUUAUGUUGAGUAUUGAUGUUGCAUAGUUUGUCCACUAGAUGGCACGCCGAAACUUCCCUGUUGGCGAUAAUGCACACAUGCAGCAACCAGCAGAUCCAAACAACAUCAGGCAGUGUGUAAAUUAUGCUUAUAUACCACGCCCAACCAGAAUUGGCAAUCAGAUGUUCAAGGUGGACAGAGGGCAUACAAAUCAACAGAAGAGCUGUUUUCCGCUCUGUUUUAGAGCUUUUAGUUGACGGCUGCUCAAACAGCUCUCAGCCUACAGUCAAACUCCAAAUAGAAACCAGAGCUAAUAUUUACAUAUAUCAUACCAGAACUAUAUAAAAGGACUAAUAUGGUCCCUUUAUAUGUAUAGAUGCCUACAGCUACUACAUAUAAAAUGUGUUGCUAGAGACGGUGUUUUGCUUAAAAGUAGUUUCUAGGUGACAGGAUUGAAAUGAAUAUAAGUUGUUAUUUUAACUAUGUAGGAUGCAUACUGUUUACACCAGUAAAACCAUAUGUAUAGGCAUAUUUAUCAUAAUAUUUAACUCCUUCAUAUUUAACUCUAUUUAACUCGUUCAUUGAUUGAGAAAACAAAUAUUCAGAACAAUCCUAAUGGACACCUUAAGUGCAUAAACUGUGCAAAUUGUUACUAAAUCAAGGGAGGAAGUUGUUGCAUGUUAUCAGCGUAAAUAGUAAAUACUAACAGUCCUGAUAACCCCGAUACAGUCUUCCUGAUCUGUGCUCUCCAUUUUAUCGUACUGUUGCUUGUCUUUUCCUUUUCUGAGCGGAGACCUUACGUUGCUUUAACCACAGUGCUCUUCUCACAUCGCUCCACCACUUCAUCUCCUCGAGCACUGUAUCAAAUGUAAUUCCAGCUGUGAGUUUUACUGUUUCUUUGGCUGUCGCACUGUUGAAUUUCAGCUUCGAGGGCAAAGUCCACGCUGUUGUUUCUGUGCACUCUCAUUCGCUUGCAACCCUCUCAUCUUCAUCUCACCCAUGAACAUCUUUCCUUUGGCAAGGGCUCUCAGUCUUUGGGUAGACAGGCACACAGCGGAAGAAUUAAAGAAAAAGAAAACACUGGAGGAAAUAACCUGAAACAACAACAAAAGUAAUAAGGAAAUCCCCAGAGAUAGAAAGAAAAAUGUGAACCAGCAAACCGGUGAACAAUCACACUCAGUUUGGAGAAGCGGCCUCCCCCUUGAGCUACAGUUUUGGAUUGUGGAAGGAACCCUCAGUGACUCUACUUGGAUGGCACUUAGCUUUUGUUGACCCAGUGACUUCCCUCGAUACACUGACUCCUCUUUUUGUUAUGUGGGGAGGUUUUUUUUGGACUGUGUAAGUGAGUUGUAGUUGUUGCUCUCCUCCUUUCUCUGUCUCUCCCUCUCUAUCUCCUCACCAGACUAUUUCUAGUUUUAUGUGUAAUCUACUUGAUGUUUGAUUACUUGAAGGGGCAGCGUUCAGUUGCCUAGAUUUUUCGAGCACUCGGUGUAAAAUGAAGGCUUUGUGUAAAUCUUCUCAUGGCUCGGGAUGAUGAUGAUGAUGAUAUGUACAGGGGGAACGUUUUGAUACGUUUUGAUGAUCCUUCCACAGUCAAACAGGAUGAAGAAAUUGAAAGAAAAUCUAAGGCUCCAGGUUUUUUUGUUUUUUGCAAAACUGUCCACCUACAUUUUCUCAGAAAUCUUGCUGAUGUGUCUUUGUCUGCAAGGAAAGCUUAAAAAAGAAAAGAAAAGAAAAAAACAUCCGGGCCUCUAACCAUUCCUCAGCCAUAAGACAGGCAUUUUUUUUUCUUUACGCUGUUUGUUGCACAAAACUUUUCAAGAAGCCUUCUGCACUGUGUAAAGAAAUAACGUUCUUUGUAAGGGAGGAAAUAAAAGUGUGGUGGGGGUGGGGCUCGAGGGGGGUGUCCAGUGGUACAGUCCAGUGGUUUUGAAUCCUGACUUGUAAAUAAUACGUUUUCAUACUGCAAAAAUCUUUUGAUAAUGUUUUAAAUGUAUCUGUAAAAACAACAACAACGGCAAAAAAACGGAAAAAAAAAAGAUGUACAUAAACUUCUGGGGUAAAAGGAGUGUAGACUAUAUAUGAAUUUAUUUGUAUACAUGAGCACUGGAUUUCUUUACUACUUGAUUGUAACUAAAAUUUAAUAAUCUGCCAAA